AAUCUCAGCUUUUGGUGGGCAUCAUACGUAGGGACCAGCUGCUGCCAUUUCUCCAGGCAGAACCAACCAUCCAGGCAUCCAGGCACCAGUGGCAUCUCCAUGAGGUCCUGGCGGGGGGCUGCCCCGUGGAACCUGUGACCCUACAGCUGUCACCCCAGACUUCCCUACACCAGGUCCACAACCUCUUUGAACUCCUGAAAAUGCAGAGGAUCUUGGUGACAUCGAUGGGCCGAGUGGUGGGCUUCAUCUCCUGGGUGGAG